AUGGCGAAUAGAUUAAAAACUUAGAUUCAAUUUAGUGAUGAUGCUCCUAUUCCUUAAAUGGAUGAACCAGAAGUAUGCAAAAGAUUUGAAGACUAUUACUAAUGUCUUUAAACUUUAGGUAUAAAAUUGAUGAAUAUUUUAAAGGACAAGGAGCACAUGCAAUAGUUAAGAUAGCAAAGAAGAAAAACACAGAAGAGAUUUAUGCUGUAAAAAUAGUUAGAUCAGGAGAUUAGGAGAUUUAGAAUAAUGUUAAACGAACAUUCAAUAAUACAAGAUGUCUUAGACAUCAAAACAUUGCUCAAGACAUAGAACUUUAUAUUAAUGAGAAGAUGGAAACCUCAUAUCUAGUAAUGGAAUACUGUAAGUUCCCAAGUUUAGAAAGUAUAAUUAAGAAAAGACCUCUUACUCUUGAUGAGUUGAAGGUUGUGAUAAAACAACUUCUCUUAGGAAUUUAGCAUGCUCAUUCUAAAGGAAUUUGUCAUAGAGAUUUAAAGCCAGAUAAUAUUCUAGUUAAUUUAGAAGAGGAUAGUUAGCCUCCUCAUGUAAAAAUUGUUGAUUUUGGAGUUUCAAGAAGGUUCUCAUCAAAAGGAUAAGAAAUUGAAAUGGCAACAAAAACGGGUAAUAUCUUUUAUUGUGCACCAGAGAUAUAUCAUAGUGUUAGUUAUUCAAAGGAAGUUGAUAUUUGGGCAAUAGGUGUGAUUACUUAUUAGUGUAUUUUCCAAAAAUUACCAUUGCAUUCAAAUGAAUUAUCAGAUUUUAUAGAAUUGUUGGAUAAUCAAAAUGAAUGGAGAUUUUAAGAAUCAUUAAAUACACUUGAAUAACCAUUAAGUAAUUUGAUAAUGGCAAUGUUAAAUCCUAAUAAAAGUGAGAGAAUCACUGUAGAUGCUGCUUUAUAACAUCCAUUUUUUUAAAUUAGUACUAUUUAAGAUGUGAUGGUUUUUUUAAACAAAUUAAAUUUUGUUUAGGAUAAUUGUUGUAGAUGUAGAUCAUUACACUCUAGUCUAAAGUUAGAUGAUUAAACAUGGGGGAAUGUUAUUUAAAAAUUAUAAAAUAGUUAAAAUAACGAUAGAGUUGAUGAAAUUUUGAUAGAGGAUCUUGUUAAAAGUUUUAAUGAUAUACAUAUCAUUUAAAAGCAUGGUGAAUAAUGUGGUCUUAUACAAUUGAUGAAUUCAAUUACUAGUAGCACAGCACUUAUGAGUAGAUUAGGAUCAAAAUAAGAACUACUAGAUAGAAGUUGUGGAUAGUAAUUUAGUGGAUCUUAAAGUAUUAAAUUAUAUUUACUUAGAUAAAUUGUGUAAUGAAGACUAAUAGGAUAAUAUGAAUAAAAUCUAAAAUAGUAUUGUAUUGAAGGAAGAAUAGUAAUUAACUAAUAAUAAUAAUAAAUUUCUUACUUAAUUGGGUGCACAUUUAGAUAGAAGCAUUGAUGUUAUGCCAUAUGAUGGUUUUAUGAUUUAAUCUAAAUAUACUCCUCAAUAAGAUUAAUAAGGAAUUCUUAAAAAACCUUCAAACUUUGACAAAGAUAUAUUUGGGGGACUUUAUAUAAAAGAAGUCGAUGAAACAACAGAAGACUAUUUUUGA